ACCACCACAUUUAUUCAUCUCUCUUUUGUAAGUCUCUCUCUCCCCUCUCUGGUUCUCUCUAUGAAGGCCGUUCUCCUCCAUUUUCAGGCCCCGUUCUCUAUUCCCUUCUUUAUCUCUAUAUUAAAACAUGUUGAAUUAAACCAUAAUUGGAAAUGAAGCUAUCUCAGAUGCUGUGAUCUUGAUUUUUUCUUGAUUUGGUUCAGAUCGUAUGCCAGUAUAAGCGUUUUUCAUUUAGGGUUUUUAAAGAUUUGUUUUAUUAUUAUAGAAGAAGAGAAAUAGUGACCUUCUCAUUUGAUUUGAGAAAGUCAAAAUUGAGGCAAUAAGGGAUUAAAAAUAAAGAAGCCUGAGAAAGAGAUAAUAUGGGGUAUCUGUAUUCAGUCUUGUCCCAAUCAAGCCAAGUCCAUGCGGAUGAUGCCCCAGUUAGCGGUGGGGGCCUCAGUCAGAACGGAAAGUUCAGCUAUGGAUAUGCAAGCUCUCCUGGUAAAAGGUCUUCAAUGGAGGAUUUUUACGAGACUAGGAUCGAUGGCGUCGAUGGAGAGAUAGUUGGUCUCUUCGGGGUCUUUGAUGGCCAUGGGGGUGCUCGGGCCGCAGAAUAUGUUAAACAAAACCUUUUCAGUAAUCUGAUCAGGCACCCAAAAUUUAUUUCUGACACUAAAUCAGCGAUAACUGAUGCGUACAGCCAUACAGACUCGGAAUUUCUGAAAUCAGAGAACACUCAAAAUCGAGAUGCUGGAUCAACUGCUUCCACUGCUAUCCUUGUUGGGGACCGUUUGUUGGUUGCAAAUGUGGGGGACUCUCGAGCUGUUAUUUGCAGGGGUGGUAACGCUUUUGCUGUUUCUCGGGAUCACAAGCCUGACCAAACUGAUGAGCGUCAACGAAUUGAAGAUGCGGGAGGUUUUGUGAUGUGGGCAGGAACUUGGAGAGUUGGAGGAGUGCUUGCUGUAUCUCGUGCUUUUGGUGAUAGACUGUUGAAGCAGUUUGUGGUUGCUGAUCCAGAAAUCCAGGAGGAAAAGGUUGACAAUACCCUAGAGUUUCUUAUUCUUGCUAGCGAUGGACUUUGGGAUGUGGUGACUAAUGAGGAAGCCGUCUCCAUGGUUAAGCCAAUCCAAGAUCCAGAAGAAGCAGCUAAACGGCUAAUGCAUGACGCUUACCAGAGAGGCAGUGCUGAUAACAUCACUAUUGUCGUUGUCCGGUUCUUGGCUGAAGAAGAGGGAUCCUCGAAUAGUGGCUUGGGUUAAGAAGAAUGGUUUUAUUUAUCCAGUGCUUUUAUCUGAUUCUCAAAAUGAUGGAAAAGGGUGAACAAAGAACACUAAUAGAGAUGUACUUCACUAAAGUAUAAAAACAUAGUGUAUGGUCAGUGACAGUUAAGGUUCUUUACAUAAAUGUCAACCUUUAGAAUUGUUUGGAACUUCAGAGUUUCAACUAUAGAUGUUUAUUUGAUUUGUAAAAGACUUGUUCUUUUGUCUGUUUGUAUGGUGUUUGUUGGUUAGUUAUUUUUAUCUGUUUAUUCAA